GUAGGUACCUACUUAUUUUUUUUGUAGCUUAGUAGCUAGCUCCUUCCUUUGUGAGAUUAUCAUUUUUCUCCGUCCGUAUCUCUCAACUUAUUAUAUUUAUACAACGUUGUAGUGUUUAAUUUGAUGUUGAGACUAUUUACAAUAAAACGGCAGUGUCUUUGCUAACUAAAUAAGUCCGCAUAACAAUCCCCAGCGAUUCGCGAGAAUGUAUUUUUUGUAAUCAAAGAACCUACUACAAAACUGAUAAUAUGGCUGACUCUGGAGUGGAUACAAGCAACGAAAGUAGCGAUAAUCCUAUUUUUGAUCAUUCGCAUUGUGUAUUUGAAUUCAAUCCUCCAGCUAUUCCUAUCAACUUAUCUGGACAAGCUAUACCUGUUGACUAUUUCGACGAAAGACACGAUCAUAUUGGCAAAAUAAAAUGCACCACUAAAGCUCGACACUGUAGACUAAAGUACAGAUGUGGAUCCUCCAAGAACCAGCGGUUACGCGUUGCUGCGUCGACAAACAAUGUAGAACUUGUUGAAACUCUUUUAAUGGCUGGUGCUGAUCCAAACUCGUCAGAUGAGCACAAACGGAGUCCUUUGCACUUGGCGUCAUGCUGGGGUUAUGUGGAUGUUGUCAAAGCACUGUUAAGACAUGGGGCCAACCCUAACAUUAAGGAUUCUUUAGGCAACACUCCCUUGCAUCUUGCUGCCUGUACAAAUCACAUUCCAGUAGUCAUAGCUCUAUUAGACGCUGGCACCGAUGUCAGUUCAAACGACAGGAAUGGGCGUAACCCUUUACAACUGGCACAAAGUAAGUUAAAGAUUAUAAGAAUGCGCCCUAGUAGCACUGGACAUUCAGAAGAAACGAAGCAGCUUAUCAAAGAAAUAUGUUUAGUGGUGGAAAUGAUGUUGAAAUACAUGAAAAUACAGAAAGCUGAUGCUGGAGACCUGGAGUCUCUCCGGGAAAGGUUGGAGAGGGUCAGCACGAGGGAACAAGUUGACACAGAAGUACAAAACCUGCUUGACAGUCUUGAUUCUUUAAAAUUGAGAUAAUUAUGUCCCCUGUUGUCAUCGUAAAUUGUAAGACUGUUUAGGAAAUGUACUGCCCAGUUAAUUUAAAUUUUCUAUUACAACUCACAAAUAGAUUAAUAUGGAAUUAUAAAUAUAUAGGUAAGUGUAUGUCUUUGGACAAUUGUUUAGCUUUCAUAUGUUUCAUAUUACUUUGUUUUAUUAAUGCCUAUGCAAUAAUCAUUUGGUUUGGUGAAUAUUGUGUAAGAUGUGAAUAAUAAUUUAAUGUUAAGAUAAGUACUACACAUUUCAAUUUAGCAUAACUACCAUACACUGACAUUCAAAAUGAACAUUGUAAAUUAUUAUGACCACUAUGUAUUUGAUGGUUGUUUUUGCAUGAAAUUUAACAUAUGGAAUAUUCUUUCCUUAUAUUUACUAGUAACAUAUGUUCCCCCACUAGAGCAGUAUUGUGUGUAAAAGCAAGUGUCACUUUCAAGAGUAGCUCUUAACCAAAUGAUAAAAACAAAUAUAUUUAAAUGUAUAAUAGUUAUUUAAUUAUAAUUUUUUGAUUUGACAAA